AAGUAACAAGCGUUGUCAGCCAUUCACUCAGCUAUCAGCUGUGGGACAAUAACAACACGGUCGCUGCCAAAAGCGCCAGCUUUCUGAAGUGCAGCGAGUCGUUUGCCAGUUGUCAAAGAAUGUUUUAGGUCGGUCAGACCUUCGCAAUUCUCUCGUGGCCAACAGGCGUCGUGCUGAAGUUGGAGUGGACUUCUGGAUUGAUUGACAACAAUGAAUAUGAUCUCUCUCGUUUUUCACCUCAUCAUCUUGGCAGCUGCCACCAGCGCUACUGAAGAUGAAACCCGCCUGGUCAAAACCCUCUUUACCGGUUACAAUAAGGUGGUCCGGCCCGUCAAUCACUUUAAGGACCCGGUGGUUGUCACCGUGGGCCUGCAGCUUAUCCAGCUUAUCAGUGUGGAUGAAGUCAACCAGAUUGUCAACAGCAAUGUGCGACUUAAGCAGCAAUGGACCGAUGUCAACUUAAAUUGGAACCCGGAGGAUUAUGGUGGCAUCAGAAAGAUCAGAAUUCCCUCCACUGACAUUUGGCGGCCCGAUCUGGUGCUCUACAACAACGCCGACGGCGACUUUGCAAUCGUGCACGAGACCAAAGUGCUGCUGGAGCACACGGGAAUGAUCACAUGGAAUCCUCCCGCCAUUUUCAAGAGCUACUGCGAGAUCAUCGUGCUGCACUUCCCCUUUGACCUGCAGAACUGCAGCAUGAAACUGGGCACCUGGACCUAUGACGGGAACUUGGUCGUCGUCAAUCCUGAUAGCGAUCGCCCCGACAUGAGUAACUUCAUGGAGAGUGGCGAGUGGGUGAUGAAAGACUUCCGCAGCUGGAAGCACUGGGUCUACUACGCCUGCUGUCCAGAAACCCCCUACCUGGACAUCACCUACCACUUCCUCAUGCUACGCCUCCCGCUCUACUUCAUCGUCAACGUCAUCAUCCCCUGCAUGCUCUUCUCUUUCCUAACCGGACUUGUCUUCUAUCUGCCGACCGACUCUGGAGAGAAGAUGACCCUGAGUAUCUCCGUCCUGCUCUCACUGACCGUUUUCCUGCUGGUCAUUGUGGAGCUGAUCCCGUCCACCUCCAGCGCCGUCCCUCUCAUCGGGAAGUACAUGCUCUUCACCAUGGUGUUCGUCAUCGCCUCUAUCAUCAUCACCGUCAUCGUCAUCAACACUCACCACCGCUCCCCGAGCACCCACACCAUGCCCCAAUGGGUCAGAAAGCUUUUCAUCGAAACCAUCCCAAACGUUAUGUUCUUCUCAACGAUGAAGCGUCCCGGAAAGGAAAAGCCGGUGAAGAACAUCUACGGGGGCGACUUUGACAUCUCUGACAUCUCUGGCAACCAAGCCUCCGCCGUGCCUUACCAGUCACCCAUAGCCAAAAACCCUGACGUCCGCACUGCCAUCGAAGGAGUCAAGUACAUCGCAGAGACGAUGAAAUCGGACGAAGAAUCCAACAAUGCUGCUGAGGAGUGGAAGUUCGUGGCCAUGGUGUUGGAUCACAUCCUGCUGUGUGUCUUCAUGGCUGUAUGUCUCAUCGGCACAUUAGGCGUGUUUGCUGGACGUCUCAUUGAGCUCAGCAUGCUCUAAAUCGGAGGUUUUCAAAAUCAUAAUGAAUUGCACAUUAAAUGAAAAUGGAAAUUAGAGCUGAAUAGAAAUUUAAAUACAACAAAAAACAAAUACAACAACAUAUUUGAAAGAUAAAAA